CCCGCCGUAUUCGUCACAUCCAAUAAUUAAAACAAAGAUAAGCAAUUAAUUUGUCAUAAAAAUUAGUGAAAUUCGACUCAUCCAAGUUAGUUUCGUUUUAUUUAAUUGUAGUAUCAAAAAAAAAACGUAAUCAGUGAAGUAAUCAAUCGUAAUUUAAAAAAAAAGUAUCGACAUCGGCAGUGCGAUCUGCGCAACCGGCCAUAGUGUCAGCGGGGAAGUGCGAGGAACAGCCAUGACAGUAGUAAUAUUUUCAGUAAACUCAUUGGUGUGCUCCUUUAAAUAAAUAAUAAUUAUUGUCGUAACCCAGAGCCCGUGGGCAUCAGGAACCACCAUCUAGUCUGGAUACCCAGCGCCCAGCGGUGGUGAGACGUCGAGAGUUUCCUUAAAAGAGUGAGAGUAAUAGUAAGAGUGUGAGGACCAGGAGCUCGAGCGAGAGCGAGACGGAGAGAUUGAUCGUUCGGGAUGAAAAAUGACGAGUACCAAAAGAGAUUUAUGUGGGCUCUUUAUUGAACAAAGAUGAACAGUGAACAGCAUGCACUGCCAGCGACCACGCAGGCACAGCAAGAGGAAGUAAACGCGGGUCAAAGCAGUCGCCCUUCUUAUCCGGGUGGUUUGGCUGCCGCCACGAGUGUCGGGAAUGUAGGGAGUACAGUCCCGCACUCGUCCGCGGACCUGCGUGUAGGUACAGCUGUAGCGUUAGCCGCCGCCUCCUCGCUAACUCCGGCAAAAUUCUGGUUCCUCAAUUUCUUUCCUGGAUCACUACCUGGAUCACUACCCCAGGUGUCGGUCUCUCACCAUCAUCAUAACUUCCGGAGUGCCGGAGGAGCUGGAGGUGGUGGAUCUGUUGGUGUCGGUGGACCACCUUCUUCUUCUUCCUCAAAAGAAGGAUCUUCAUUGUCUCAAGAAAUGGCCUUGGCUACUAAUUCACACCACCAGACAACGUCUUCGCACCAUCACCACUCACCUGCGGUUAGCACCAGCGGCCAUCAUACUUCCCUACAGUCUACCGCUCAGAUUCCAGUCUCUCUUCCUGGUCUCAAUCUAGACGGCUCUCAUAUCCCGAGUCAUCUUCAGGCAGCCCACGCUCAGAUGCAGCAGCAAAUGCAAUCUCAGCAGCAACAGCUGCACCAAUCGCAGCAGCAGUCCCAUCAUCAGAUGCAGAAUCACCAGAACCCCUCAAACACUGGACAGAAUGCACAGAACCAAUCGGCUCAAAGGGACGACAAUAAGAUUAAGGACGAGGGCGGCAGCUGUACGACCGAGCGAUGCAGUGAUAGCCAGGUGCACUGUCAGGUACAAUGUGAUCUUCAGCUUCAACAGCCACAAGAUUUACAACAGAGUAUGAUGCAGCAGCAGCAACAGCAGCAGCAGCAACAACAACAGCAGCAGCAACAACAACAACAACAACAACAACAACAGCAGCAGCAGCAACAACAACAGCAGCAAAUUGGAGUUAACAUCAGUGGGAAUCCCGGGACGGACAAUGGCAACCAAAAUAACCCAGAAAAACCCGAGAAGGAAAAAGAAUUGCGACAACUUAAUAUGACACAGUUUCAAGUACCAGAGUUAAAAGCUGGAAGCCACAUGAUGGAUGUCAGAACAGCAGAUGGAUCAUUAGUUAAAAUAAGCGCGGGUAAUGAGCAAGACCUUGCUAAAACUCUUAACGUUGAGAUGGUUCAAAAUAUGUACAAGGUUAAUGUCGAGGAUAUAAAUCAACUGCUGGCCUAUCACGAAGUGUUUGGUAAACUGCAGAGUGAAAUAGCCGCCGGGACAACUUUAGUUGGAGGGACAGUGCCGACCCAAACUGUUACCACUAUUCAAAACGGGACACCGCUAGCACAACAAGUCCAGCUUAAUAAAUUUGACAUUACCAAGAGCGACGGUGAGGCAACACCUGGACCCAGCGCCUCGCCCGUAUCCGUCGGUAGCCAUGCCUGCGAAGUCUGCGGCAAGAUUUUCCAGUUUCGGUAUCAGCUGAUAGUGCAUCGCCGUUACCACACCGAGCGAAAGCCGUUUACUUGUCAGGUUUGCGGCAAAGCAUUUUCAAAUGCAAAUGAUCUGACGCGUCACGGCAAGUGCCAUCUUGGUGGGUCAAUGUUUACUUGCGCCGUCUGCUUCCACGUGUUUGCCAACGCUCCGUCUCUCGAACGGCAUAUGAAACGUCACGCCACUGAUAAACCCUACAACUGUACCGUUUGCGGCAAAAGUUUCGCUAGAAAAGAACAUCUGGAUAAUCACACGCGCUGUCACACGGGCGAAACACCUUACAGAUGUCAAUACUGCGCAAAGACCUUCACGCGUAAAGAACACAUGGUGAACCACGUGAGAAAACAUACCGGUGAAACUCCACAUCGGUGUGACAUCUGCAAGAAAAGUUUUACUCGUAAAGAACAUUUUAUGAAUCACGUAAUGUGGCAUACUGGUGAGACACCUCAUCAUUGUCAGAUGUGCGGCAAAAAGUACACUCGUAAAGAACACUUGGCAAAUCACAUGCGUUCACACACCAAUGAUACGCCCUUCCGCUGCGAAAUUUGCGGCAAGUCGUUCACGAGGAAGGAACAUUUUACGAACCACAUAAUGUGGCACACGGGCGAGACACCUCAUCGGUGUGACUUUUGUUCUAAAACAUUCACACGAAAGGAACAUUUAUUGAAUCAUGUACGUCAGCACACGGGUGAGUCUCCGCAUAGAUGCGGCUUCUGCUCUAAAUCAUUUACCAGAAAGGAACAUCUUGUCAACCACAUUCGUCAGCAUACCGGUGAAACUCCAUUCCGUUGUCAGUACUGUCCAAAAGCUUUCACGCGUAAAGACCAUCUGGUUAAUCACGUAAGACAGCACACGGGUGAGUCACCGCACAAGUGCCAGUACUGCACCAAGUCCUUCACGCGCAAGGAGCAUUUGACAAAUCACGUACGUCAACAUACUGGCGAGUCACCUCAUCGAUGUCACUUUUGCUCUAAAUCAUUCACACGCAAAGAGCAUUUGACGAAUCACGUCAGAAUCCACACCGGCGAGUCACCGCACAGAUGCGAGUUUUGCCAGCGAACCUUCACGAGAAAGGAACAUCUCAACAAUCAUUUACGACAGCAUACUGGCGACUCGUCUCAUUGUUGCAAUGUCUGCGCUAAACCAUUUACUCGCAAGGAGCACCUGGUAAAUCACAUGCGCUGUCACACCGGUGAACGUCCAUUCGUCUGUACCGAGUGCGGCAAAAGCUUCCCCUUAAAAGGCAACUUGCUCUUCCACAUGCGGUCACACAACAAAGGCAGCAACGCUGAGCGUCCUUUCCGCUGCGACCUUUGCCCGAAAGAUUUCAUGUGCAAAGGCCACUUGGUUUCUCACCGACGUUCACACUCAGACGAGCGGCCUCACAGUUGUCCUGACUGCGGCAAGACCUUCGUCGAGAAAGGCAACAUGCUGAGACACUUGAGAAAACACGCAGCCGAGGGCCCGCCGACCCAAGUUACCACUCCGUCAGCGAUUCCCCAACCAGGUGUGCUACCGAUACCCACAGCAGCGGCUGUUCUUGUCGGGCAUCCUCUUGCUCCACCCGCGCCUCCAGUUGUUCCCCAGCACACCGUUGUCGUACCAACCCCACCGGGCGUUCUUACAUCGUAUUGAAUGGACCAAUCGGCGAGCAAUGAUAAGCCAAUCGGAUCAAACAUUACGAAUUUAAAUGAGAAUAAUAAUAUUAAUACUAAUAAUAAUAAUAAUAAUAUUAAUAAUAUUAAUGAUAAUGAUAAUACUAAUAAUAAUAGUGAUUAUUCUCUCGAGAAAUUUGUUAAUCAUUUUAUGAUUUAUCAGCACAUCAGUUGAUAAACAAAAAAUAUAUGACGCAUUGAUUAGUUAUUGUUUGUAAGAAAACGACUAAGAUUUGACGAUUUGAAUUUGGCGGCUAUCGCGAUUAAUUGCAAACAACCAGCAUAAAAAGUUGAGUUAAUAAUUAAUGAAACUUGACUUUUUUUCCAAUCAACAUAUAUAUUAUUAUUAUUGUAAACUAAGUGGUUAAAUAUUUUAUUAUCAUAAUUAUGUUUCUUUCUUUAUUUUUUCCAUAAAAGAUAAAGAAAGCGACUUAGUAAUGUCUUAUUAAUUUAAAAUUUAUUUUUUAUCUUGUUAAAAUAGUUUAUAUAUAUCUAUAUAUACAUAAAUACAUAUGUGUGAUGAAAGAAGAAUGGGAUGAGAUGAGUGUAGAUAAAGUGUAAGCCACCAUCUGUUAAAUUAGACGCUAAAAGAGUUUAAUUUAAGUGAUUUUAGCUGUUAUACGUCCGAGUGCAAUAUUAUUCGGCUGCUUACGUGUACUAAAGCUGGUUAAUAGAGUCAUCCACCUGCGAAUUUUUAAUCUAUCGUUCAUAAACAAACUAUUGUUUGCUAUAUUUUAAUUGUUUUAAACAAUACUUUGUUCUUUCUUUUUUAAAUGCUAGUGAAAAGCGCAGAGGGGUCACGUAUUUUAUAUUAGAACAUAAAGAUUUAUGUUAAAACUAUAAAUAUAUAUAAAUAUAAAUAUAAGCGCAAGUGUAUGUGCUGUGUCAUUGAGAUAAAAGGAUUCUUCCUUUUGUUUAUAAAUAAAAUUGACGCUAAUAAAAGUUGGAUUUAUAAUUAAAAAGCUUUAGUUACAUGUCAGGCAUGUGAGCGUCGCAAUUGUGUAUCAUAAACAUAUAUUAGGAUAAAUUAAAAUUAAAAUUUAAGUAUACAUAUAUUUAUGUAUUAUAUAUUAAAUAUAAAUUUUAAUUAACCUGUGCUUGCACACAUUAGUUACACAAUUAUUAUUAUUAUUAUAAUUUAGUCACGGAAGGGAUUUAUAAAGUUUAUUUUACGUGUCAUUUUUUUCAACGGGCCUCAAUUACCCAGUUAGAAUUAUAUAGAUUAAUAUGGAUUAUUAUAUAUAAUUAAAAUAAUAAUAUUAAACGUUAGUGUGUGAGCAAUAUAAAUGUAUCAACACGUACUAUAAAUAUAUACAAUUAACCAAAUAAUAAUGACAUGAUAAAACGAGUAAAAAUAUUCAAAUUAUACGACAACUUCUUUUGUAUAAAAAUUAAAUAACCACAAUAAAUAUAUACAUAUAUAUGUAUAUAUUAUUGAUAGUAUGAUAAAGAAAAUGUAAUGUCGCAUUGAAAAAUAUGUAAGCGAAAUAAAAAUGCCAACAAAUCAAAGCGCAGGUUGCUAAUAUAUACCGUACAUAUAUAAAUAUAUGCAUGUAUAUGAAUUAAUAUAUAUUAGGGGUAUAUAUAUAAUAUAUAUUAUUCAAAUUAUAUUUGAAAAAUUACAAAUUAUAUGUGAAUGUAGCAGACAUCAGAUAAAUUUAAAAUUAUGAGUAAAUCGAGUAAAUAAUUAAUAAAAUUAAAUUAAAAAAAAAUGCGCAUUUAAAAAAUUUUGAAAUUGAUACGCGCAUUUUUUGUAAAAAGUAUUUUUUUAAUUAUUAGCCCGAUUAAUUUAUAAUUUUAAAUUCGUCUGAUGUCUGAUUUAUAUUCGAUUCGAUUGAUUCGAGUACAAUUCGUACAUUCUAAUAUAUAUAUGUAUAUAUAUUUGUGUGCGGUAUAUAUUAUGUAAAUGUGUAAGAUUGAAAGAGAAAAAUAUCCAUCGUUAAAUGGUUAAAAAAAAAAAUAGUAAUAAUAAUAAUAGUCUAGAAAGAAAAUCUCUGAAGUCACGCGAUGAGCGUUUUAUAUUAAAUUUAAAAAUAUUAUUCAGAUUGAGAUAUUGUCCGUCACCUGCGAAUACACAAGCACACACUAAAGAUAAAUUUAAAAAAAAAGUAAAAUAACUAGAUGUCUCCUGAUGUAGACUUUAUCUACUAUACUAAGAUAACAAAAAUAAAACUAAUUAUUAAUCUAACUAAUAAUAAUAAUAAACGAAUAGAAUUAAUGUUUAUAUUAAAUAUAACAAUAUAUGUUAUAAAAUGUAAAAUCAAGUUUGUUUCUUGCUUUUAGAUAUGAGUUUGUGCUUGUCUAAAUGAGUUUUAUUUGGAUUAUUAAUUAGUUAUAAAAUAAAGUGUAGAGGAAAAAAAAAUCAAAUUUAAAUUUAAAUUAUUAAUUCUUUGCAAGACGAAGCGAAUUUAUAAAUUGUUUGUUAACAAUGGAACAAAUGUGUGUUGUUUUUUUUUAUUUUUUAUUUUAUUUAUUAUUGAUUUUAAAAAAUAUUUUCUUUGUCUGUAGAGGGUCGCGCUUCGGCUUGGAGAGAAACAGGGUGAUGGAAAUUAAAACAAAAUAUAAAACAAUGUAAAAAAAAAGUAAACAUAAUUGAUAUGAUUUACCCUUAAAUAGAACUAGAAAUUAAUAUGUAUAGAAUUUUAUUAUGCACCAUUGUAAUAUUAUGUAUCAAAUAAGAAAAAAUUGUGACGCAAUAUACACUGGUGUUAUGUUAAAUGUGAAAAAAAGUGUAUCAUGUUUCAUUUCCUUAAAAUACAUUUAAUUAAACCUGA